GUUUAAUGUCAGAUAUUAUUCCUUUGGCGUUGAUUCAGUUGGAAAGUUUUCGUUUUCAACCUGUUGGAAGGAAGUAAUAAAAUAGCUCCCACAUCUACUCUAUCUCCAUUAGUUCACAAGGAAUUUUGUGAAAUUAUUAUCAGAACUGACAGUUCAGUUCAGUGAUUGUGUAUGAUUCCUUUGGGAGUUCUAAAAAAAGCUUUAUUGAAAAUAUGGAUAAACCUGUGAAGACAGACAAAAGAACCAAAAGCUACGUAGAUGAGGCAUUUCGUCUUCUUCAGGAGCAACCGGGAGUUAAAGAUGUUAUUGUACUUAAUGAAUUAGCGAAUCCGAUUCGAUCGACUUUGGAACAGGCAAGGGCAGUUGAAUAUUGUGGGUUAUAUGAAAUGCUCUAUCAGAAAGUUCGUUAUAUGUUACAUCAAAUUGAUCCUGAGGAUGAAGUUUUGGGAUUGCGAGUGCGGACUAAAUCGGAUGAGACUAUUGUUGCGAAAGAUGGAAAAAUAACUGUGAUGGUUGUGCAGAAUGCCACUGAUAUGAAUCAGCCGUGGAUACCCCGAAUAGAAGAAAAGCAAUUGUGAUUAUGUUAUUAAUUGAUAUCAAGUAAAAGAAAUUUAAUUAAACCUUU